UACAACUUUAACACUAAAUUUCCCUCCGCAUAACGUCUACUUUAAUUGCCACAUUCUUCUAGCACACAACCAAAGUGUAUUACAAAAAUACAAUUUGCACACAACCAUUCAUUUCUCACAGCUACUUCAUCAAAUACUCAUUUAUGACAUACGCGGACAUUGGCAACUCUGUUGUCAAGUUUCCAUAACACGGGCGAGAAUAGAAAGUGCAGUUUUCUGCUCUCGGUAGUUUUCACAUAAAAACUUAUUUAUUUGUUAAAUAAACACACAAAUUAUUAAUAAAUCUAUUUAACAUAUUCGAUAACAAAACGUGAUCGGUAUUUUCGCUAUAAAUUGCAGCACUCACUGCUUUUUUAAAAAGAAAACUUUUUCUUCCAAGUCUGAAGGUGGGGAAAAAGUGCAUAGACAACGCGUACAAAAAACGAGCGAGUAUAUUUCGGUAAAAGAGAAAGACUAAUGGGAAAGAACGGAAUCGGAAAUAUUCCUCUUCGGUACCAAGAAAAGACAAGAUUUUAAUAAAUUAAUUUUUAGUGUAUUCCACAAAUCCGUGUGAUUGAUCAAAAUUCCAAGUUUAUUUUUUAAUUAAACCAGCAUAAGUGAACAAAUUUGCGAGUUUAAACCCGACCAAUAUACAAACGUACAUAUUGGUGAGACUAAAGAAAAUCCUUUGAUGCGUUCAUUACCUACGACCAUUGUGUAAUUUGUGGACUUCAUGUGCUUCUAUAGAGAAUUUUAAGUAAAUAGUACAGUGUAGAUCAAAUUGAAUGCUUUAUUUAUAUUUUGGGAAAAUCAAAAAAUUUUGAACACAGGACUAACGAGACGUGCAUAGCAAUAUAAAUAGCAUUCGAAAAGACGCAUGCCUCGUCCAUAUGACUUCGUAAAAAAGUAUUAAUAUGAAAUAUUAAGAAAAUAACAACUGUAACAAGAAGCAAUAUCAAUUAAUUAUAAUUCUACAAGCGCCAUCGGAUAGCAUCGCUUUGUAUGUAUAUUCUAUCAAAUUGAGUCUCCUAAACACAUAUUAAAUUCUUUAAGGCAGCUAAAAUUACACUGUUAAAGCGUUGCUAAGGGCUACAAAUUGAAAAAAACAUAGAACUGUUUCCUGCAACGCCGGUACUAAUUCUAAAAUAAUAAAAUACUACGCAUUUCCAACAAGGAGCUCACAAGUAAAUAGUACAUAUAAUUAAAAAGCAGCAAAACAUUCGAAAUAAAACAUCAGCGUAAAAAUUAUUUCCGAUGGGCACUAAUUCAGGAGCGACAACUGGUAUAAAUAAUAAACCCGUCGGUGCGGGUGGUGCGAGCGGUAGUAGCGUCGUGGGUGGUGGCGGUGGUGGUGUCAGCGGUGUUGGCGGAGUUGGUAGUGUCGGCACCAACAGUUUGGGCGGUGUUACCGGUGUUGGCGGGCUAACCGGCGGCAAUGCUAACAGUGUGGCGGGUACAGGCGGCGUUGGUACCGGCAGCAAUGGCAGCGAUGACUGUGGCAAUGGUGGUGGCGGUGGACCUAGUGGUCAAAAUAAUCAACAAACAACACCACAAUACACCAUACCAGGUAUACUACACUUCAUACAGCACGAAUGGUCACGGUUCGAAUUGGAGCGCUCCCAAUGGGAUGUGGAUAGAGCAGAAUUGCAGGUGAGCCUAAUAUACAAAUUUAUACAUAACUGAUUAGUGUGUGUUAGU